AUAAACAUAACUACAAUCAUGAGUGUGGUCACCUUCAGCGGCAAUCAUGAUUCUCCAAUUGCACCAGCAAGAUUAUUCAAGGCUUCCAUUACUGACUCUAAGAACUCGAUGCCUAAAAUCGUGCCAGAGCAUGUCAAGAGCAUAGACACCAUUGAAGGCAGUGGAGGCGCUGGAAGUGUCAAGCAAAUCAACUUAGUUCAAGGUGGUUAUCUGAAACUUAAGGUGGAGGCGCUAGACGAGAGUUCAUUCACCUACACCUAUAGCAUAUUUGAGGGAGAGGCCUUAACAGAUAAGAUUGAAAAGAUGCAAUUUGAGAUUAAGUUUGAGCCCUCAUCAGAUGGAGGAUCAAAAUGUACCAUGAAUACCAAGUGUUUUCCCAAGGGUGGCGCUGAGCUCAAUGAAGACAACUGCAAAGCCGCGAAAGAUAAGGUCCUGGGGUUGUACAAGGCUGUGGAGAACUACCUCGUUCAAAAUAAAGAUGCAUAUGCUUAGUUAAUUAGUGUUGUAAUUCUCCAACCUACGUUUUUCUGAGGAAACUUGCUUGUAUCUGCUGGCCUUAUGCGGUCUGAGAUUGUAAUAAAGAUACCUGCAUAGCUGCAUUGUUCAUCCAUGUUCAGUUUCAAAAUGUUGGAUGAAAUAGUUGCUACACUGAUAUAAUAUUCGACAUCCAAAUGAUUUUACAUGAUUCAGUUGUCAUC